AUUUAUCUCGCAGUGGUAAAUGUAAUCCUCUCUCUCACUGCAAUUCUUGGUAACUUUCUAAUCCUUGUUACCCUUCGUAAACAAUUUUCCCUCCAUCCGCCAUCCAAACUUUUGUAUGGUUGUCUGGCAACAACUGAUCUUUUGGUUGGUCUCGUUAGCCAGCCCCUCUAUGCCAUUUAUUGGAUAUCCAUAGCUAACGAACACUGGAAUCUUUGUCGAUACACAAGGGACGCCGCCUCCAUAACGGGUUAUUCAUUAUGUGGAGUAUCUUUGGGGACAAACGACGUGGAAGACGGCCAUAACUGCAGCGAAUCAACAAAGCUUGAUGGUAAUUACUUUGUGCAAGUAGUUACUUUGUGCAAUGUUACUUAUCGGAUUUCCUCAAUUUACAAACAAUGGAAUCUUUGCCGAUACUCAAGAAGCGCCGGCUACUUAUCAAGCUACGCACUGUGUGGAGUAUCUUUGUUGACAAUGACGACCAUAAGCGUUGACAGACUUCUUGCCCUGUUAUUGGGGCUGAGAUACAAACGAAUUGUAACUUUGAAGCGUACUUAUGUAAUAGUAGCUACCGUUUGGGUUUCGUCUGGUGUUGCUGCUCUAUGCUACAUUUUAAAUAAACGUAUAGUCUUUUGGUUUUUAUAUAUAAUUGUACCGUUAUGUUUAGUCAUCUCAAUCGCCGCGUACACAAAGAUUUUCCACACUCUCCAUUAUAACAAGGCACGAGUACAACAACAGUCGAGCCAACCAAAUUCAUUGAACAUUUUGCGAUACAGAAAAGCAGUGCACAGUGCACUGUCUGUGCAGUUAGCUCUAGUUGUUUGUUAUGCACCAUAUAUCAUAGUUGAAAGUGUGACAGCUCGUAGAAAAACAUUAUCAUCACAUAUAGUUGUAAUCAGAGGGACAGUAGUAGCCUUACUUUAUUUUAACUCUACCUUGAAUCCAUUUCUUUACUGCUGGAAGAUAAGCGAGGUGAGAAAAGCAGUAAAGCAGACAAUAAGACAAUCACUUUGCUCUUCAUGAAGUUAGAUCUUCUUCGAGUCAUCAUCUUA